AUGGAUAUGAGCAUGCUCUUUGAUGAAAAGAAUCGCUUGUCAAAAAAGACUUUCAGCAAGAGUGUGGCCUUGGCCGCCGAUGGGGACACCUGCCCUGCCAAGCUCUCACCUACUAACCAGCAGAAGCGUGAGCGUGUGCUGUUGGCCUUGCUCUGCCAUGAGCCAUGCCGUCCCCUGCACCGACUGGCCACAGACCCCACGCCCUCUGCAGAGCAGCCAGGCACCCUGGACCUCACUCUGAUCCACACAUGCCUCCAGGAGAAACUGUCGCCCCCGUACAGCUCCCCACAGGAGUUUGUCCAGGACGUGGGCCGCACGUUCAAGCAAUUCAACAAACUCACGGAGGACAAAGCUGAUGUCCAGUCAUCAAUGGCCUUCAACGGCUUCUUUGAGACUCGUGUGAACGAGGCUUUGGGGGACACCAAGUUUUCGGCUAUUCUGGUGGAGCCCCUCCCUCCCCCUAUCCCAGGCACUGGCCUGGCCCCUCCAGAGCUGGUGGGGGGCCUCAGCGAUGGUAACUGA